AUGCUCAGACUUUCCAUCUUCCUACUCAGCGCCUUGGCGCUUCAUGAGACUGAUGCACAGUUUCCUCGUCAGCCUGGCCGCGUAACAGAAUAUGCAGCAGUCAGCAUUCUCGAUACACCCUGCGAAACGGAGUUUCACCCUCUCCAGCCCGACAUAGCUUGGGUAGAGCUUAUCGCCGGAAACGCGUUAUUGCGAGUCAACGUCACCAGCGGCGAGGAGACACGCUUCCCUCUACAGAAUCCUCUAGGCUUGCCCAGUGGGAUGGAAUUCAUGCAAGAUGGAUGCCUCUGGUUCUCUGAGGUCGCUGGCAACAGCAUGGUUCGACUGAACCCAGUCGAUGGAAGCAUGACAACCUUUCCCUUCCCAUGGAGUGGCGUCGGUCUUCUCGACAAUCUCCCAGUUGGCCCUCGAGUUACCAUCGACGUCUCGGGAAAUCGCGACUCCUGUGCCUACUUCACUGCCGCCGCCCUCAACGCCAUUGGAUGUAUCGACAUCUUUACCUAUGAAUACGAGUUGUAUCUUAUCCCGACGCCGCUGUCUGUGCCAGCAGUGAUUCAACCUGGCCCGACUGCCGAUACAAUGGUGUUUGCGGAACUGGUCGGCAACAAAAUCGGUGUUCUGAACAUCGUGACGAAGCAAAUCACGGAAUUCGAGGUGCCCACUCCUGCGUCGCUCGUCCAGGCUCUGACGACGGGCCCUGAUGGCUUGGUGUAUUAUUCGGGUAAUAUUGGAGGUCAAAUUGGUUCUCUCAACAUCCAUACUGGCGAGUUCCGAGAAAUUUUUAUAGCCGACAUCAGAGCUGCCGGAAAGUCAACUGUCAUUCAGCCAGAUGGCACAUCAGGAUUGAUUUCAGACCUGCUUGGAGAAAGUAUCGGUUCAUCAGCACUGACAGCUAUUCCAGGACCUCUUCGUUUCGGGGCCGACGGGAAACUCUACUUUGUCGAAGGAAACCUGGUGUUCUUGGGCAACCGAAUUGGCGCAUACGACUUUGCGACGGGUGAGCUGAUGGAGUAUGUCACGCCAACGAGUGCAAGUGGACCUUGCGAUCUGAACAAUCAAAUACCUGGGACCAUCUUCUUUGCAGAAUUCACGGGAGGAAAGUUGGGCCGCCUGGAUUAUUGA